AUGUCGUAUAGCCGUGGCGAUAACACACUAAAGGUCUCAGCGGAACUAUUUGCUGAGAAUCGAACCCGUCUUGUAGCAGCACUCAAGAAUGUUGCGCCAGGAAGUGUAGUGCUUCUACAGGGAGGAACCGAGAAGAAUCGUUACAAUACUGAUGCAGAAGACCUACCUUUUAGACAGGUUUUUUUGGCA